AUGGACGAUGCCAUUGGAGAAUUAGAUGCAACUAGAGAAGGUUAUAAGAAGAUGGCUGAAUGUGAAAGUACUAUUCACACAAUUUCAAAUGGUGAAAUAGAAAAUGAUGAACAGAGACGUAAGUCAUCAAAAAUAAUUCGACCAUCGUCAUCUCAUCUGCCUCAUCACGAUAAAUUUUUGACAUUUGAUAAUGAAUUGAAUUUUCCACAAGUUAAUUCAAAUGCAAAUAGGGAUCAUCUCGCAGUCAUUGGCAAUAUUGUAAAAAUGCCAACAUGUCCUCGAUGA